AAAAAUCCCUAGAACAUUAAAUCCACACGCAACAGCUGUAUAUUAGGAUAGAGCAGAGAGAGCUUUGAGAAAUCUAUAGCAAUCUAUAGUCACUGAUAACAUUACACGUUACACAAGAAAAAAUGCGUGAAUUGCUGGAUUUAUUAUAUAAAAAAAUAUAUGCUGCAGAUAAGUAUGAAGAUGUAUUUAAUGAAUUCAAAACUUUACGUGCAAAUGAGGAACGUGUAAGAUUUUUUCUUAAGCUUAUGCUAGAAUAUGAUAUGAUUCCUCAAGUAUGUCCAGAUAGAAAAAAUACAAAGAAAUCUACAGAAUUAAGAGAGCAAGGAAAUGAAAAAUAUAUGUCAGAAUCAUUAACAAGCUCUCUGUGUAUCGAUGUACUAAAACUGUAUACAAAAAGUAUAGCGUAUGCACCUUGUACAUCUGAACAACUUGCAUUGGCGUAUGCUAAUAGAUCUGCUGUUCUAAAAAAAAUACACAAAUACAAAGAAUGUAUUGAAGACAUAGAUAGAGCAUUAGCCUUACCAUAUCCAAAUAAUUUAAGAAGUAAAUUAUAUUUAAGAAAAAUUGAGUGUUUAAGUAUAUUAAAACAUCCCAAAACAGAAGAUGCUAUUAAAGAAGCGCAAAAUUGGCUGGACAGCAUGUCCUUGAAUGAUAAAAAAAUAAAUAAUAUGUUCAUUUCUGCCAAAAAAAUAUCGGUAUCAAAUACAUCAAAAAACCAAACUAUCAUGAAACAAUCCCCUUUGCCUAAAUUAAAGAUAUGCAACACUGAAGCUCCUUGUGCCUCCGAUGCGAUAACUAUAAAAUAUAAUGAAAAAUAUGGCAGACACAUUGUAGCUACCCGUAACAUAAAUGUUGGUGAAGUAAUUGCUAUAGAAAAACCUUAUUUAUUUAUGUUGAAGCCUGACAAUUUACAGACGCAUUGUUCAAAUUGUUUGGAAGUAUGCUGGAUUAAUAUACCUUGUAACUAUUGUACAUAUGCUAUGUAUUGUUCAGAAGAAUGUAAAGCUUCGGACUGGAGUAAAUAUCAUGACAUAGAAUGUAAGGUAUUUCCUUACUAUUUUAAAAUGAAUUUUACGCUUCUGUAUUUCCUUAGUGUAAGACUUACUAUUCAGGCAAUAAGAGAGAGCAAUAACAUACAGAACUUAAAAGAAGAACUAAAAGAAAUUGAAAAUUGUGAUAAUCCUCGUACAAAGGGAUUUUCAAAGAAUGGAACAUUUGAAAGUGAUGCGUACAGAAGUGUAUUAAGUUUGGUUACUAACGUUGAAAAACUGUCAUUACAAGAUCUCUUUAGAAGAUCUGCAGAAGCUAGUUUCACAUUGUAUUACCUAGCAACAUGUACUGAUAUAUUUGGAAGUUCAAUGAAAGAUUUAUCUGAAUUAGUAGAAAACACUGAUGCUAUCUUUGUUGGGGGGCUUAUACUAAGGCAUCUGCAGUUGAUCUUUAUUAAUUCUCAUACUAUUUCGGAAGAAUAUGGACUGAAUGGGAGAAGCUAUGGUGGAGCACUUAUGCCAUUUCUUAGUCUGAUUAAUCACAGUUGUAACCCAAACAUUCUAAGAGUUGACAGGACUGGGCAUAUGAUUAUUUAUGCAAUAUAUCCUAUCAAAAAAGAUGAACAGAUAUUUGAUAACUACGGUCCAUUAUAUGCAAUGUUAUCAAAAUCCAUGAGACACAUGGAACUUCUAAAGGACUAUUGCUUCACUUGUGAUUGUGUAGCCUGUGUGGAAGACUGGCCAUUAUUUUAUAAAUUACAGUCAAGUAAGGAAUCCAGUUUAGGAAUAGAAGCUCUUCGUGCGUUACAAAAUUAUCCUAAAUAUGCUCAUAUGGCGGAAGUAGGAAUUGUAUUUAACAAAAAUAUGAUAGAUGAUUUGUUACAAAUGUUUGAACAAGUAUAUAACGCGGUGCGUAUGCCACACUGGACACUGUUCGAGAUGACAGAAGUUCUUAAACGCGUCUAUUGCUUACGUGGAAACAGAUUUGAUAUUCCGGAACUAUAAUAUGCAUCAAACGCACCCACGUAAUGACAUGUUAAUUUCUUCAUGUUUUUUUUUAUUUUUGUUUCUAAUUUAUUAACAGUUAAAAUGUAUCUUUUAUAACUAAAUUUGAGGUAGUGACAAAGGUAAAGUAUGUAUAAAAUUUUUGUAUAUUUAAAUAGUAAAGAUUGAUUAUUCAACGUA